CCUUUACGGACCUUUUUGUCAGACCUGAGGGGGUGUUUGCUCAAAGACCCACAACUUCUGAACGCUUUUUUUUUUUUAUAAGCAAAAGCAGCUGCUGCGGGCCCAUGUGUGUGUGAGGAGGGGUGUGUGUGUGUGUUGCAAAAGAGAGAGGGAGAAAGUUUUUCACUUUUUUUUUUUUUUUUGUGGAAAGUUGAAAGCCAUGAACGCCGAGACGUGCAGUGCAUACAGCGACAUGACCUCCAUGGAUGCGUUUUAUAGCCCCUCUGCAGCACAGGGUCGGGACCACCAGGCGGACCACUUGAGGACUGAGACCAAAUGCAAAGGUCACAUGUACGGAGACAAGUCCCGGAGCCCCUUCCUGCAGGAGUGCCACACACUGGAUGCUGGACAGGCCGCCUUCAGCAAAUUCCACCUCUUCAUGCACAGAUCCCCCUGCAGGACACCUCCGGAGGAAGGUGAGGAGCGACACUCUGCAGACAUCCUCUCCUGCUAUGGUAAGGACACUUCCAGUCUGACAGACUCUGACUUGACUCCACUCUCCGACCAUCCGACGAUGGACGCCGGCUACCAGGCUGCGAAGGCGGCCUCUGAUAGGUCGACGGGCGCCGAUCUCGCCGGCCCCCACGACAAGGGCGACGGCGGCGAGAGCAACAAGGGCAAGAAGAGGCGCAAUCGCACCACCUUCACCAGCUACCAGCUGGAAGAGCUGGAGAAGGUCUUCCAGAAGACGCACUACCCCGAUGUUUACGCCCGUGAGCAGCUGGCCCUGAGGACCGACCUGACGGAAGCACGUGUGCAGGUGUGGUUCCAGAACCGGCGUGCCAAAUGGAGAAAAAGGGAGCGUUUUGGUCAGAUGCAGCAGGUUCGAACGCAUUUCUCUACAGCUUACGAGCUGCCGCUGCUGACACGCCCUGAGAGUUACGCACAAAUACAGAACCCAUCCUGGAUCAGCGGCAGCAGCGCGGCGUCACCCGUGCCGGGUUGCGUCGUGUCCUGCGACACGAUGACCCCCUGCAUGACCCCUCACCCCCACUCCGCCAGCGGGGUGUCCGACUUCCUGGGUGUUCCCAGCCCCGUAGGUCACAUGGGCCAGGCCCACAUGGGCGGCCUGUUUGGAGGCUCUCCGGGCAUGGCUACGGGCCUCAACACGUACGAUCUCAACAUGGACCCUGACCGCAAGUCCUCCAGUAUCGCCUCUCUGCGCAUGAAGGCCAAAGAGCACAGUGCGGCGAUAUCUUGGGCCACAUGAUGUGUGGUUCCUACCGAAGGGGUGUGUGUGUGUGUGUGUGUGUGUGGGAAGGAAAUCAAACCUAGCACUAACACUACAGGCAACGCUGACUACCUUCAUUAAAAGUGCAUAUGCAAAUGAGGAAGCAAUUUGGGUUUGAGACUUUUGAUGUGCAGAACUGAUGUUGAUACCAAACAGAUUCAUGCACUUAUUUGCUCAAAUACAGGAAGUUAUUGUACAGCACUUCCAGUGCAAUUUGGUGUUAUUUCUUAUUUAAAUAUUUUGCUUUUUUUUUUUUUACUAUCUGCUGCCUCAGGAAGAGCAGUCGGACAUAACACAAUAACAAGCCGCCAUCCUGGAGAAAAACACAAAGAUUCAACAUAUCGAAGCACAACAUUGUCAGCGCCCUGAUGGUGUAAGACAGGGAUGUCCAAAAUGUGUUUUUUUUUGUUGUAUCCGAAAAAGGCAUUUAAUUCAUUAUUAUUGAGACAUAUGAUUACCAUACUUGCCAAC